AUGGGUGUUCCCGGUAGCAAUCUACAGGACCUUGAGCGUCAACGCCUCGAGCUCGAAGGCAACAUCUUGAAACUACAGGAAUCUCUUUAUCAUUGGAGAACCUGGGAGGCCGAGUACGAUGCCUUGAAGGACGAAAUUAGCGAACUCAACGAUGAUGCUACAAUGGACGAGUUCCUUCGAAUAGGUCGCGAUUUUGGUGGGUCGCUGGUCACCGAAGAUGAAGUCAAGGUGAUACUCGGAGAGAAACAAGGUGUGGCCAGGACCAAACAACAGGUCAUCGAUCUUGUGUCGAGGCGGGUCGACUACGUGAAACAGAAUGUCACGACUAUGGAAAAGCGACUACGUUCGGUAGAGAACCAACUACACGCAUUUGACUCUGCUGAGCAAUUACCAGCCGAACCCACCUCGGACUUUCCCAUGACGGAGAUCGUUGAGGAACUCGAUGAGGAUGGCAAUGUGAUCUCGAGCUCAACUGCGACACCCGGGGAUCAGGCGCCAGAGCUCUUGGAGCUUCUCAAGAAGGCAGGCGUGAAUGAUGUACCCGACGCCCCGAACGCAAAUGCGCAGCCCGGAUACAAAGCGGAGGAUGAGCCCAGCUCAGCGGGCAAACAAGAGCAUGGAGAUAUUGCGGAGAAGUCCAACUUGCGAGAGAUUAGCGGAAGCCCCGUAGCUUAUUCUGAAAAGAAGCCGGCGACGUCUGACUUGGCGACUGAAAAGCAGGAGGAGCUGCCUAUUACGGAUAUCGAUGAAUCUCCCGAGGAUGCUAAGUUACGCCGUGAGAUGCUGCAGUACGGACUCAAUGAAGUUGGAGCUGUUGUGGCUGAGCUUGAGCUGGACGAGGAUGCAAGUGACAUAUCCAUAGAUGAUGACUACGAUGCUUUCGCGUAUGACGAUGAAGAUGAAGAUGAGGAAGAUGAAUACGGACGGAGUACUCGGACUAUUUUGAGCGAGGAUUAUCAUCAACAGAUGCGUGAGCUAGAAGCCAAGUUAAACGCUCGAGGAAUGUGGAAUAUGGGCAAAGACACAGGCUCGCUGCCCGUGGAAGUCCAGGAAGAACUUGAGCAGCCCAGUGUGGCCCGGAUUGAGAAAAGCACCGAGACCGCAGAUGAACCAGCUCCAGAGAAGAAGCCGAAAAAGAAAGUUGCUUUCGCCGAGGAUCUUGAUAUUGCUCCGGCCCCUAAGCCCCCGAUUGCGGAGAAGAAGGCUGUCGCUCCUCGGCAAUCGGAUGUGCCUGUCCUUUCAGAUGCGGUUGUGGAGCGUACACAAUCAACUGUGAAGGGCCCAGUCACGAACGAUGUUCCAAAGAAGACCUCUCGCUUCAAGAGUGCUCGAAGCACUACCGGCAGCGAGAACAGUAUUCGACCUUCUGAGGCACGCUCUUCACUCCGCAAACCGAUUAUCUCACCAUCCCCUGCAUUGCCAUUAUUCCCUGCCAAGUCGUCUGAACCCAAACCCUUCUCCCAGCCAAUCCCGGAUAUCACAGAGAAGCCCCGAGGACCGGAGGGGAAGAUCUUAGCCGACACACUCGUUGAGCACGAGGUUUCUCAAGGUGCCGCCAUGCCACCCGAGCUAGAUGAAAUCGAUGAGCAAAUCCAUAGGAAGGAGAUUGCCAGCGAGUUUUAUCGGGUAAGAAACAGGAUGAUCCAGCAAAACGGCGGCUUCGUUGGUGAGGAGCCGGAAACAGUGCCUAUCGAAACCGAAGACCCUCCGAAACGGGUGAGCAGAUUCCGAGCUGCUCGGAUGACUUAG